GCCACCGCCGCGGCCGGGCCUGCGGGCAGCGGGGCCGGGACAUGUGCGGCGGCGCGGCGGCGGGGAGCGGCGCCCCAGAGCCGGGCCGCGCCGCUUCCUGCCGCUAUAAAUAGCCGCCCGGCCCAACAUGUCCCGGCCGCCGCAGCGGCUGGAGCGCCGGCGGGAGCUGCCCGCCCCUCCCGCCGCCUAGCCCGCCCGGAGCGCGGAAUGUGCAACCUGGGAAAUGUUAUUGCGAUCUAAUUAACGUCAGCAAGUAUAUUCUGGACUGAAUUUGCCAGGCCUUGUAUUGUGUGCAAGCAUUUCUUCUCCUGGUGGUGAGGUUUCUUAGCAAGACCAGACGGAGCUCAGCCUUCCACCAUGCCCGUGCCUCCCCCUCCAGCUCCCCCUCCGCCCCCAACACUGGCCUUGGCAAAUACUGAAAAGCCAUCCCUAAGCCGGUCAGAACAAGCAGGGCGAAAUGCUCUAUUAUCUGAUAUUACCAAAGGAAAGAAGCUAAAGAAGACUGUUACUAAUGAUAGAAGUGCUCCGAUUCUAGACAAACCCAAAGGACCUGGUGGAGGUGGCGGCGGUGGCUUUGGAGCAGGUGGCGGUGGCAGCAGCGGGGGUUUUGGUGGUGGCGGUGGUGGCAGCUUCGGUGGUGGUGGAGGACCACCUGGCCUUGGAGGCCUUUUUCAAGCAGGAAUGCCAAAGCUCAGAUCUGCUGCGAGUCGAGAUGCCGAUGCCGGGGGAGGCCGCCCGCCCGCCCUGCCGCCCGGAGCCCGCUCCGCAGCCGCCAAGCCCUUCUCCCCGCCGAGCGGCCCGCCGCGCUUCCCGGGGCCGCCGGCGGGGCCGCGGACCUCCGCUCCCGAGGCGCAGAGGAGCCGCAUGCCGCCGCCGAGGCCCGACGUCGGUUCCAAGCCCGAGGCCGCGCCGCCCCCGGUGCCCAGCACCCCCCGGCCCGUCGCCUCCAGCCUGCACAACAGAGGGUCGCCGCCGGUGCCGGGCGUGAGCCGGCAGCCCAGCCUGGGACCCUCGCCCCCGCCGUUCCCGGGCAGCCGGAGCGCGGGGCCGGCCGGGUCCCUCCGGCAGCCCGGCCCCGGCGCGGCGCCCCCCUUCUCCGGCCGCCCGCCGCUGCCGCCCACCCCGGGCCGGCCGGCGGAGGACAAGCCGCCGCCCCCGCCGCCCCCCGCCGGGCACAGGCCGCCGGCCGCCCGGGAGGCGGCUCUGCCCCCGCCGCCGCCGCAGAACAGCAAGCCGCCCGUGCCCUCCGCCCCCCGGCCCCCCCUCGGCGCUCCGGCGCCCCCGCCGCCCCCCAGCAGGCCGGGGCCGCCCCCCGUCCCGCCCGUCCCCGGCGGCAGCGACGAGAUGCCGCGGCUGCCCCAGAGGAACAUCUCGCUGGGGUCCUCCUCGGCGCCCGGCGGCGGGGGGGGCCGCGCCGGACCCCUGCCCCCCCCGCCCAGCGAGAGGCCCCCGCCGCCCGUCAGAGACCCCCCCAGCCGGUCAGGCCCCCUCCCACCACCUCCUCCCAUAAGCAGGAAUGGAAGCACUUCAAGGGCUUUGCCUGCUACUCCCCAGCUGCCCUCCCGAGCAGGGCUGGACACCCAGAGAGCUGGACCACGACCACCGCUUCCCCCUGACCGGCCAGGCUCGGCAGCACCGCCGCCACCUCCACCGCCUUCAUCAGCUGUCAGAAACGGCUUCCAGGACCCAGGUGAUGAUGAAUGGGAAAGCAGAUUUUCAUUUCAUCCUAUAUCUGAUUUGCCACCUCCUGAGCCAUAUGUACCCAUGAACAGAAGUUAUCCCAGUAAACUAGCAAGAAAUGAAAGUAGAGGUGGCUCUGGCCGAAAAGAAAGAGGUGCCCCCCCACUUCCACCUAUACCAAGGUGAAAUGGGUUCUGGCCCAUCUUUGGGCGAUGUCUGUUUUCAGACUUCCUUCAGGUCAGCUCUCCUGUCCACAUCAUUGGAAAGUUGUCUGUUUUGCUUUUUUUCCACUUUUGGCUUGUCAGCUGGAACAAACUUCAGUCUCUAUUACAGAAGUAAUAGAUGCAGCUUAUGAACUAUAGUUGCUCAAAGCUAUAAACUUUAUUUGCUUAUACUGCGGGCUGUCAUGAAAGGCAUUUGUGGACCGUACACAACAUACGUGCAUCAUGCUUACCGUGUCCAGCCCUGUCCCCUCGAGAGCUCCACGGGAGGUCUGGCUUUGAAUUUAACGAGAGCUGGAAAAAAGCUGUGUCAUUCACAAAGCUGUUUCAUUCACUUUGGGUACAGUGGCUGUAUUAUUUGAAUGAUAAAGUACAAUCUAUUUUAAAAAAAAAAGUUUCUGGGGAAAACUGUGUAGCCAAGAGUUCCCUGGAUCCUUCUUUGCAUGCCUAACCUGGCCCAUCUGCUUCUGCGAGCCAUAGACCUACGACAUGGUGACCCAAGAGUUCAUCCAAAACCUUUUCACUUCAGCUUAGCCAAGCAAACCUUGUUUUAAAUAAUAGAUUACACAUCCUGCCCCGAGGAUGGAGUGUGUCUGGUCUUGCUUUUAUCUGUGGAGAAUCUUCCGAAGAAAAGCACAAGUGAAGAAUUCAGCAGCAUAAAAAUAUCUUUUUUUUUAAUCCCUCUUUCCUCGUGUUUUAAGUCUUAUGCUUUUAGUCACCUAAUUCUUUCCUAUUCUGAUGUGGACCAACCCACAGUCAUCCAUGUCCUGAAUUACUUUAAUGCCCUUUACCUGAGACUACAUACAAAGAGUCCUCAGAAAGUAGUCUUGGUGCAAAUGCAGCAAUUAUUGUAGUUGCAGGCUCCUUCUAUAAAGCAUUGCUAACAUCAGUACUCCACAAACUGCUUUCCAGUUGUUUCUUUGGUACAAUUAAAUAAUGGGGUUUGACUUAAAAAGCUUCCUGGGGCUUAGGUCACAAGUCUCAGAGAGGUUGUAUUUGAUCUGUGUUACAGUAGAGCAGCUGAGGUCAAAAAUGUGUGUUAAGUGAAAGCCCUUUGAUGUAGUGAAGGAGGUCCGGGUUUGUGCGUUCAGGUGGGAGCAUUGGCUCCAAAAUUUGCUGUCUGCACUGGUUCAAGAAAAGGGGGAAGUUCUGGCCUUCUGAGUUUACCAUGAAGCCUGUCCUUUCAAACUUUGCUGAAAGAAGUCUCUGCAGAGAGCUGCAAGGCUUGCUUUAAUAGAAGAGAGAGUAAAGUGUUCUAGCAUUGUGACAAUUGGUUAAUACGCUUAACGGCUUUUGAAUUUCAUAUAUGAGAAAAUAAUUCAUUGUAUGAGUACAUUGUACAAAUGGAUCUAAACACAUAUAAAAUGCCUUUGGAAAUGAGAGGAAGAUUGUAAUUCUGGAUUUGAAAUACUGCUGAAUGAUAGCUCUUUAUUAAUUGGACUUCUGAAGGUUAGCUCUGAAAAAUUUCGCCUCUGUUUUUUGAGCGUACUCCUUGGGAUCCCUAGCAAGUCUGUAUCAACAGCCAUGUUCCACAGGGUGUUGCUUAAAAAAAAGAAAAAAAAAAAAAAGAAAAAAUUAAAAUCUAGUCCUGUAGGUUAAGAAGACAUUUCUCUGGCAUGGGAGACAUGACCCCAAGUAUGCUCUGUGGCUGGCAUGAGGUCAGUCCUUGACAACCUAAGGGAUUUAGCCGAAGAGAGUCUGGACCCCACUGAAGUGUUUGUGCGUAAGGCUUCUUGCUCCGUCAGUGGGCAUGGAGGGGCAGAGACCCCCCUUUCUGCCUGACAGUGAAGGGGCAUGAGACAGAGAUGGAUUUGGCCAGAUCAGAUUUAAUUUGGCCUUUUCAGUGUUUGUUUACAAAAUCUUGUUAGCUGUGAUAACUGUUUUUUCCUUUUUAUAUCUAAUGACCUAUUUUAAGUUACUAUUUAUGGUCUUGAACCUGCAAUUAAAUGCGCAGGCGCAGGGAUGUAUCUACAUCUAAUUUCAGGAUCGUGGCUGUAAGAGUUUCUUAAACAGGUAUUAGUGGGACCUCCAUGUGACAGGGGUACCUCGGGAUCAAGCCUAGCGCAAUACUGAAUUUGUAUAUCUAUUUUAUGGAUAUCACUUAAACAAAGUGCCUGUCUCUUUGGGAUAUUAUUAUGUGAAUAGAAGUCCCAAUAAGAUUUUUAGGAUAGUAACUUAAAGGAUAAAUUAUUGUAUUCAAGUUUUUAAACUGAAGCACUUACAACUUUCUAAGGAACCACAUUUUGAAUUUAAGAAUACAGUAUUUUCAGUACCUUGACCUGCCAGAUCCUUCCUAAUAUUCAAAUAGCUAUGCAGUCAAAAAAAAAAAAAAUUCCAGAAACUAUACCUUUCUUGUAACUUACCUGCUUCCAGCAUGAUUGUUUUACUUUGAGUAAGUCAACAAAGAUGCUGCACAUUGUUCUGUCAACUCUCCGCAUCAUUCAAAAUAUCCUACAUUUGAUCUUUUGAGCGAGGUUUUCUGACCAGAAAUUCUGGACCACUACCAAAGACUUGGCAAACUUGCUUCAGUCUCACUUUAAAACAUGCUGUGUAAAAGGCCCUCAGUAAACAAGCCAAGAAACCUGGGCUGCUUGGGUUUUAGCACUUCUUUGUAGUAGAGAAACCUCUUCAGAAUGGAUGUUUGGCAUGUAUGUAAAAUAGCUUAACAAAGCAGAAAGAGGUAUUUUUGUUCACCUAACAACAACUUUACUAUUUAUAUCUUUUGCUAUAAAAGUUCUUAGAUAUAUUCCAGAACAAUGUGGCAUUUUAUCAUUCAAUAUAUUGCUUCAUAUAUUCGUAGCUAUUUACAAUAUGAUCAGUAUUAAAGUAUUUAUUUCACUAUGAAGUGUUAAAAAAGAAUACAAAACAGUUUGAAUCAAUGGUGCCUUAUGACUUUUUUAGUCAGCUUUCCUGUGUCUCACUAGAAAAAUUAAUAGGCAUUGCUCUUCCAAGUCCUAAUGUAACUAGAGCCGACAGUAGCAUCAUACAGCGUUUGAGCCAAGUCCCGCUGUUGUCGUGCUCAGUCCGCCAACUUCAGAUUGAGCUCGGUGUAUGGAGAGACUGUUGCAUCAGUCUUUAGGUGAGGUGUAAGUGGGCACUGGUCAGCCCUACAAUCAGUCAUUGGUAUUGCUCUGGAAAUUUAACCCUUUCCCCAAACCAGUGUCUCGCCCCGCUGUCCAUACAGCUCAGCUGACUUCAGCGUGGUUGCAUAGGUUAUUAGAGGACUAAAUUUGAUUCGCUGCUUGCAUAUAGGAUUUACUGGUUUUGUUUUAGUGCGUUGUAUUAUAAACCUUUACACCUCAAACUAUCGUUUUAUGUCAUCACUAAGGCUCGCAUUGUGUGACAACAGCCACGGAUGUUCAUUUUUGUUUAAUUCAAGUCAGUAAAUAAAAUGGGAAGAACUUUUGUACCAUAUGACAACAAA